AUGCGCGGAGCAGUGGUAGCGAAGUGGCAGCACAGUGGCAGCGCGGUGGGGGAUGGGGCGAUGGGGAGGGACAGAGGAAAAGGUGGGCAGGGAUCCAACAGAGGCGGCAAGCUGAAGGGUGGCAGUGGCAGGUGGGGGGGGUAUUGGAAGGACAAGUUGCCCAUUGUUCUCCUCCGCCCCUCUACUCCCUUGCUGCCUGCUCCUCCUGUCCUGCACAGUGUCCCCCUUCCCCUCCCAAUCCUAUCGUCUCAUGUGUCCGCGGUGCACUCGUGGCAUGAGCCGCCUCUGAGCGCGCUGCUGCUGCGACUGGCAGCGGAAGUGGGGCGAAGGGGUGAGGGAGAAGCGGAGGCAGGCAGGGGGCGGGGACGAGAGGGGGGAGGGCGGGGCAGGGGUGCAGGGGCACGAGUUGAAGGGGCAGCAGGGGAAGCGGAGGAAGGGGAGGAGGGGUGGAGCGAUGUGGGGGGGGGUGCUGGUGCAGCAGCUACAGGCGCUGCAGUCACCAGAUGA